UCUGGCGGAAGAGUUUGGCGAUUACUCACAUCUCCGGAGCAUGCAUUGUGAGGAUUAGAUCAGAGUGGAACGCGCCUUGUUCCGUGUAAAACAACAGCAACAACAAAUAAUAAUAAUAAUAUUAAUAAUUAAACGGUGGACGGCAUGAGUCUGAAUUGAAAUACAAAGUCGAGUCGUUGGAUUGGGACGGCAUGGAGCGAUUCUGAUUCGAGGAGCUGUCUGGAAAGAAGUGGCGGCGUUCUGCUGACUCGUUUGCGAGAGAGAGCUGCGUAGAAAAUGGAGUCAUCGAAAGCAGCAGCCCGACCCAGAAGGCAGCAGGAGCUUUUGGACUCUGCAUAUUCCUGCUGUGUUGCCUGUGAUGGUGAAGACCUGCGGGGCCGAGGAAAUCCCAUGCGGGGAAGAACCAAAUCACGAAGCCUGUCUGCUUCUCCGGCGCUGGGCAACUCCGAGGAUUUCAGGAGGACGCGAUCAUUACAUGGACCAAGCCCUGUGACCAAGUUUGGACCAAAAGCCUGCAUGCUACAGAACCCAAAGGCCAUAAUGCACAUUCAGGACCCAGCUAGCCAGCAGCUAACAUGGAACAAGCCUCCUAAAAGUGUCCUUGUAAUUAAAAAGAUCAGAGAUGCCAGUCUACUGCAGCCAUUUAAGGAGCUAUGUAUAUUCCUUACAGAGUCAAAGAACAUGAUCGUCUACGUGGAAAGGAAGGUACUGGAGGAUCCGGAAAUUUCAAACGAUGAAAGCUUUGGUGCGGUGAUAAAGAAGUUCUGCACCUUCAGGGAAGAUUACGACAACAUUUCCGACCGAGUAGAUUUCAUUAUUUGUCUGGGAGGGGACGGGACUUUACUCUAUGCCUCUUCAUUGUUCCAGGAAAGUGUUCCUCCAGUCAUGGCCUUCCAUCUGGGCUCUCUCGGGUUUCUCACACCCUUCAGUUUCGACACCUAUCAGUCUCAGGUUACACAGGUCAUUGAAGGCAGCGCUGCGAUUAUUCUUCGAAGCAGACUAAAAGUGAAGGUUUUGAAAGAACCUAGAGAGAAGACAUCGGUUCAAGAGAGAGGGAAGGAAAAAGGACUGAUCAUAAAAAAUGGGGAGAGCGAGAUAAGCCGACGCACUGUGCAGUACCAGGUUCUGAAUGAAGUUGUCGUGGACCGGGGUCCCUCUUCCUAUCUUUCCAAUGUAGAUCUGUUUCUUGAUGGGCAUCUCAUUACCACAGUGCAGGGAGAUGGAGUCAUCGUCUCCACUCCGACCGGAAGCACUGCCUAUGCUGUGGCGGCAGGGGCUUCCAUGAUUCACCCCAACGUUCCUGCCAUCCUGAUCACCCCAAUCUGCCCACACUCCCUGUCAUUCCGACCUAUCGUUGUUCCUGCAGGGGUGGAGCUCAAGAUCAUGCUGUGCCCUGAUGCUCGAAACACUGCCUGGGUUUCCUUUGAUGGGAGGAAACGUCAAGAGAUCUGCCACGGAGACAGUAUAACCAUCACUACCUCCUGCUACCCGGUUCCUUCAAUCUGUUUCCGGGACCCUGUGAAUGACUGGUUUGAGAGCCUGGCUGAGUGUUUGCACUGGAAUGUGAGGAAGAAACAGAACCCCUUCAUUGUGGAGGAAGAGGAGUAUUGAAUACGAUGAGCUCGGCAUCGUUAAACAGGCAGGGUGUCUUUGUGCAGGACCUGAAAUUUAAUCCUUAGAACACCACUUGUCAUCCAACACAAGUUUAAACUUCUCUGUUCAUAGAAUAUUUUCUUCUCCAAAGCAUUUUCCUUUUUAAAUGUAACUGAAUAGCCCAUUGUUCAAAUUUGUUAUAUUUCAUGCCUGAAAGAAAGUUUUAAUUGAAAACACAUUCCCUGCAGUAAGAGUUAGUGCCUUAGACAUCUAUUAACCAGUAUGCUUCCUGGUGGAACUGUACUGUAUUAUCUGCAGUUUACCACUGUGGUGUGAAGGGUGUUUUUUAAUGCAUGUCGCAAAAUCAUGUUUAAAGGUUAUUUUAUAAUUGUACGAUAAUGUGGUAGGUUAUAAGGAAACAAAUAUAAAAAUGUACAUGAAUAUUGAAAAUAUAUGAAUGCCAAAGUUACAGUUCAUCUUACAAUUCUGGCACUUUUAAUACAUGAAUAUGGUUAUGGGGGGGGGGGGGGGGUAAUUUGAACAUUGUAGUUAAUAAACCCGGCCCUCAAACCGCCAAUCUGAUCAAGUGAACUGAACGAAAACAGUGUUUCAUCUGGAUCUUUCAGUUGCUCAAGUUGUUUGAAUAGGCUUUUAAUUCAAUUGAAGUACUUCUUUUUUUUAUUCAUUAAUAAAGGACGGUAGGUAGAAACAUUAUUGCCAGAUUGUUUUGGGACUAUUAAUUGAAUAAUUUGCAUAUCUUACUCGGAGGUUUAAGGUGUAUGACUUAAUUCCGAAUUUAACUAGCAAAGAUUUUCCGAUUACACUAGCGUGAAAGAGGGGGGGGGUUCUAUUUAUUAAUUAACAUGUAACCUUGUGUUUACCCGUGUGUUUAGUGUGUCGCUUUUUAUGAUUGCAGUUUACAGAGAUGUUACACAGCAAUACAUAUUGAUGUUAUGUAGCUAUUUAUACCUUAUGAUUUUAGUGCUUUCUGAUUUCUAGCGUUCGUUUUCGCUGCAAGACAAAAAAAGUGUCUUAGUUUUGUUGCAGGCAUGUUCAGGUUUUCUUGCUUCUUACCAGCUGGUUUUUUGAUCAGGUAUUCAUGCAAAUCAGAAUAUGAGCAGGGUCAUAUUCUUAGUCAUAUUAAACGGAUCGAGAAAGGAGUUUCUCUGCUCUAUCUUUGCUUGGCAUUGCCUGAAAUGCCUCCUAUCUUUUUGCUCACUGUUGUUGCAAUCCAAUUUCCAGGAUGUGUACAGUGUCUGACCCACUGUUGUUCAUGUCUAUCAAAUAGGACCAUUGCAUCCCAGAUUGUAAAUCCCAUGGUGAUCAGUGUAGCGUGCAGACUUUUCUUCAGAAAUAUGUUGGUGUGUGUUGUUAAAAUGAGAUGCUUUCGCUAUAUCAUGACACUUUGUUCUAAACUUCAUAGUCUGGUUAACAUUUACAUUGUACUUUAUUGACUAGAGAAGAAAAAAAAAACUUGAAUUAUUUCAUUGUACUGUGUGUUCACUUCAAAUGAUUUAAUGGUAGGUAGUGCUUAAGUUGACGAAUAGAUAGAUGGUCACUACUUUUUUUUUUUGUCGGCUUAAGAUGGACACAGAAGCAGGUUAAAGUAGCUUCUUGGACUGCCUUUAAAAUAAGAAGCAGUGUAUGAUAAACUUUAAGACCUGGCAACCACAGAUCCCUAUACUGCCCUUCCUCAGUUUUCUUUCAGUGAGGUGCUUAAGUGAAAGUCAUUGCAUCUUGAUUCUUGUAAUCCAAAUCCUUACUGAACAAAUGGAGUGUUAUUUAUUGUUUCCCUCUAUCAAAUAUGUAUUUAUCUUAAAUUCCAUUUUUAUAUAU